AUGAACAUGCUUAGUCCUGAAGGUGAACUGAAAAUAAGUUUCGGCUAUCAAUGCAAUGACGACAGAGGUAUCCCUUGCAAGGUUGCCAAAGGCUGCAAAAUCCUUCCUGAAAUGCGAAGAACAAGCAGUUUCUCUUGCUUGUCUGGUGCUGCUUUGAGUGCAAAUGCUACACUUGCCAACACAAGCAUCUGCAACGGUGUGAUAGGAGAAGAAAUCCUUCCGAAUUUGGACUCUCCUAAUUCAUUUCGGCGUGUUCCCUCUUCGCCGUGUCUUGGAAUGUUGGACAUGCUAUCAUCUUCUCUCCAAAGUAGUUUGUCGAACCUAAGUUGCAGCCCAUCCAGUCCAAGUCUUAUGCUUGAAUACGACCCUUGUUCGUUAAGACUCAUGAGUCCUUCCUCUAGAAAUGAUAGUUUUCUCAGUGCUACAGAAGUACAAGUAGCAGGAGGAGCUGCUGGUGAAGAUAGAGUUCAAGCAGUUUGUUCUGAAGAAAACGGUUGGCUAUUUUGUGCAAUUUAUGAUGGAUUUAAUGGGAGAGAUGCAGCGGACUAUCUCGCUUGUACUCUUUAUGACUCUAUUGUAUCUUAUCUAAAUACAAUAGAUUGGAAUUCAGAACCGAAUUCCGUCAACGCUUCUGGCAAUGUCGGUUUGGAUGGUAGUCGUAUUCUUAAUCACGACCAUCAAUCUUCAUCAGAUAAAUCAUUUUCGAAUGUGGUACUUGAUAGCCUCAAACAUGUUGUUAAUCAGGUUGAGAAUGAUUUCCUGUACAUGGUUGAGCAGGAAAUGGCGGAACGUCUGGAUUUAGUUUCGAUUGGAUCUUGUGUUUUGCUCAUGCUUCUUCAUGGAAAUGAUUUGUGUACGCUCAAUCUUGGUGAUAGCAGAGCAGUGCUUGCAACAUGCAGUACAGGUAACGUAAUGAACGGGAGUGAGAGGUUGAGAGCUAUUCAGCUUACUGAUAGUCAUACUGUUGACAAUGACAGUGAAAGAGCUCGACUUCUUGCCGAGCAUCCCGAUGAUCCUAAGACCAUUGUAGCAGGGAGAGUGAAAGGAAAAUUGAAGGUUACUCGUGCUUUUGGAGUUGGGUACUUGAAAAAGAAAAUUCUGAAUGAUGCAUUAAUGGGAAUCCUCCGAGUUCAAGAUCUCAGAAGCCCGCCAUACAUUUCAACAGAUCCAUCAUUAAACGUGCAUAAAAUCUCUCCUUCCGAUCAAUUUGUUAUAGUUGCAAGUGAUGGUUUAUUCGAUUUCUUCAGCAAUGAGGAAGUGGUGAAUCUUGUGGAGUCUUACAUCUUGCGCAAUCCUCACGGUGAUCCUGCAAAAUAUCUCAUUGAAGAACUAGUAACAAAAGCAGCUGAUUCUGCAGGUUUCAGCACGGAGGAGUUGAUGAAUGUUCCGGCUGGAAGUAGGCGGAAAUAUCACGAUGACGUCACUGUAAUGGUGAUCAUCCUCGGGAUGAAUAAACGAACUUCAAAGGCGUCAAUUUGCAUCUGA